GCUGCAGGAAGGGCCCGAGGGCUUCGCCAAGGCCGUCCGACAGAACAAGGGACUCCUGCUCAUGGACACUACCUACAGGGACGCGCACCAGUCGCUGCUGGCGACGCGCGUGCGCACGCACGACCUGCUGCGCGUGUCGCCGUACGUGGCGCACCACUUCUCCGGGCUGUUCGCCCUGGAGAACUGGGGCGGCGCCACCUUCGACGUGGCGCUGCGCUUCCUGCACGAGUGCCCCUGGGAGCGGCUGGAGUUCAUGCGCCGCCUGCUGCCCAACGUGCCCUUCCAGAUGCUGCUGCGCGGCGCCAACGCCGUCGGCUACACCAACUACCCGGACAACGUCGUCUACAA